AUACGACCAGGAUUAUGAGAUGAAGGGAUUGAAUUGUAUUUUAACCAUAAUUGACUGGUUCUUACAGGGAGUCAUGGGACGGUGUUGCUAGACGCUCUUACCAUGAUUCGUUGGGUGUUAAUCAGAAUUAGUUUUGACAUCCUAUAGUAAAGCAGUUGAUCAUAUGAUGGAGCUAUUAUGGGUAUGCUCGUAUAAAGGAUGAGUAUAAUCCUGAAUCAUAAAGAGUUAUGAACCGUUGGCUAGCUGUAUCCCUGAACCAUUGAGGGUUACACAAGAAUUGUCUUCGCUAUUUCCCGUUGAGAAAGUUAAAUUCAAAUAGUUGAAUUUGGCGAAUAAAGUUUGAUGUGAUCAAAUAGUGAAUUGACAACUAAAGUUUGAUAUGAUCAAAUGUUAUCAUGAUUAUGAUGAACUCACAUUAUUAAGUUUUAAAAAUGUUCUAAUAUCCAAUAAACCAAGAUGGAAAAAGAAAAAUGGCUAGGUUUAAUUUGUUAGCCACACAUGUCUCUUCAUAUUCCUUAGAGAGGUGAAAAGACCCAUGUCUAUUCAUCUUCCUUGGAUAGAUGAACAGACAAUCAUCUCUUCAUCUUCCUUGGAUAGAUGAAGAGACACUCAUCUCUUCAUCUUCCAUAGAGAAUUGAUGAACUAUAUAAAGAGAUGUGGCCAUCCUUGUUGAGAGGCCAAGAGUGUAGAAGUGAGAGAGAAGUGAGGCGGGCAAAGAGAGAAGUAUUUUCUUUCAAGUUGUCGCCCCCUCUCAAGAAGAUAGAGAUCUUCCCAUUUCUUCUAUCAAGAGAAAUCCAUCUCUUUGUCAAUUGUUUGUUAUGAUUGUCUCGACGAAAAAACGACACUUGAUCUCUAGUGUCAUCAAGCAUUGGAAAGGGGACUCCGAUCGUGGACCAGAUUAGACAGAGCAAGCACAAGUUCAAGACAAACAAAGAAGAGCUAUUUCGUUAAACCCGAAAUAGUUGGAGAUAUCCCCAAACAAAGUUGUUUGAAAGGACCUGUGAUGUCAAAGUUCACAACUGCAUUUAAAGAACUCGCCAGUUUUAAAGAACUUCUACAAUCUCAGGUAGAGCACAUGCUGAGCAAUAGGCUGAGUCAUUUCAUUGACAUGGAUCUGCAAAAUGUGAAGGAAUGUCGCUGGCAGUACAAUAAAGCUAUGGCAGGGUAUGAUAAGGCACGUGAGAAGUUUGUGUCAAUAAAGAAAGGCACAAGAGCAGACAUAAUUGCUGAACUAGAAGAGAAUCUGCAUAACUCAAAGUCAGCUUCAGAAAGAUGUCGUUUUAAUCUAGUUAGUGCUCUUGCUAAUGUUGAAGCGAAGAAAAAAUUUGAAUUCCUAGAAUCCAUAAGUGCAGUAAUGGAUGCUCAUAUGAGAUACUUUAAGCAGGGUUAUGAAUUACUGAGUCAUAUGGAACCAUUUAUUCAUCAGAUUUUGACGUACACUCAACAGACAAAGGAAAUGAUUAAUGCUGAGAAUGAAAAACUUGAAAAGAGAAUCCAGGAAUUUAGAACUCAAAAUGAGCUUGCAAAUCUAAGAUCCUCCAGCAAUGUGGUGGCCACAACUAGUGGUGAUGGCAUUCAUGUAGUUGGUGUUAAAUCAUACAGAAACAUAGAAGCCCUGAUUAAUUCUACUGUGAAUGAAGAGGUACAGAUAAUUAAGCAAGGUUAUCUUCUUAAGAGAUCUUUAGGUUCAAGAGGAGAAUGGAAGCAAAGAUUUUUUGUACUUAAUAGUCGUGGUACUUUGUACUACUAUGGAAAUAAGUGGAGCAAACAAGGUAAUGAUGAUCUCAAUUUUCAUAAUGUUGAUCUUCAAACAUCAACCAUUAAGAUGGAUGCAGAGCAGACCAAUAUGAGAUUUUGCUUCAGAAUUAUUUCACCUAUGAAGACAUUCACACUGCAGGCUGAAAAUGAGAUGGAGAGAAUGGACUGGGUUGAGAAGAUUACAGGAGUUAUUGCAUCACUUCUAAAUUCUCCUUUUCCUACACAGCUUUCUUUUGGAUGUUUGGAUAUGGAGAAUCAAAAUUCUGCUGGUUCAAAUGGUGCUGAUGCUAAACGGCUAGUGGAGUGCAUGAAUACAAAAGGAUUUGGUAAUGUUUCCAAGGUCCUAAGAGAUAUUCCUGGGAAUGAUGCUUGUGCUGAAUGUGGUGCUCCUGAGCCUCAAUGGGCAUCUUUAAAUCUGGGAAUUCUUGUUUGCAUAGAAUGCUCUGGAGUUCACAGGAACCUUGGUGUCCACAUUUCUAAGGUGAGAUCACUUACACUAGACGUUAAGGUUUGGGAACCAACUAUUAUAGAUCUAUUUUCUGCCCUUGGUAAUGCUUUCUGUAAUUCUGUCUGGGAAGAGUCACUUCUUACUCAAAAUCAAAGAAUUGAUGACCAUACCAUAGAUGUACCAUGUAUCAAAAAGCCCACAUCCAAAGAUAUUCUUUUGAUAAAAGAAAAAUACAUUCAUUCAAAGUAUGUGGACAAAUCUUUGAUAAUCAAAGAAAGUAUCCAAUCUGAUCCUUCUUUUGUUAAUAUUCAAAUGUGGGAAGCAGUCAAAACUAAAAAUGUUAAAAUGGCAUAUGGUCUCCUUGUGGCAUCAAAUGCCUGUCCUAACUCUCACCAUGAUGAGGUGAACAAUGAGCUUCAUCACAUUGUGGAUACUCCAACACAUGAAAAUAAUGCUAUGGCAGGCACAAAACAAUUGGAUCCUGCCCUAUGCCAGAAAAUUAAUGAGUCUGGUGAAGCUGAUAGUUGUUUCCAAGGUUGUUCCCUAUCGCAUUUAGCUUGUCAUGUCGGUGAUCCUGUUAUGGUGGAACUCCUGCUACAGUUUGGCGCUGACAUUAAUUUCCAGGACAUUCAUGGAAGGACACCUCUUCAUCACUGUAUUUCCCUGAAGAAUGAUUCUCUCGCCAAAUAUCUAAUCAGAAGGGGUGCAAUAACAUCCAUUAAAGAUGGUGGUGGAGUCACUGCCUUAGAAAGAGCAAUGGAGCUUGGAGCAAUUACUGAUGAAGAACUAUUUAUUUUGCUUGCUGGCCGGUAGUGAAAUAGUCGUAAUUCUUUGGGAAUCUUUGGUUUGCUCAUUCUCAUUGGUCAUCUUCUCGUGUUGGAGACUAGUAAUGUAGUUCCAUCUUUCGCACCAUCAAUCAUUGCUUAGUCUCAGGAUUUAUGAUAAAAUAUUAUCUUGUGAUGUUAUUUGGCAUUUCCUGCUCAUAGGUUAUCCAUAUGACAUAAUGCCUCAAACUUUAUUCAAUUAUACAUUUAUUGUUGUAAACAUGACUGGAUCUUCUUGCUCUGUAUUAAACUUCAAUAUGAUCAGAUGUGAAAAGAAAUUGGUAUCGUUUGUCCUUAA